CGGAGAUCGUGCGCUUGCGAUUAUUUUUAAAUCUCUUUUCGAGCACAUCAAGUUUUUGGCGCCGCUGCCGGGGAUUAAAAUUAAUUUUUCGCUUCUUUAUUUUUAAUCUUUCGGAUUAGUUUGUUUCUCACUAUUUUUGUUUUUAUUUCGAGGAGGAGUAUUCGGGAAUUAUGGAGUAAAGUAGACAAAUUUUGCUCGGAUUUGGAAGCUUGCUUUGGUAUCUCGUAUCUCUCCACUCUUAUUUUUCGUUUUUAUUUAGAAAACCACAAACAAAUUUGAAAAUUGAAAAAACACAAACAAAUCAAAAAUUUAAAAUCCAAAAAUAUUAGUUAGAACUACAUAUUUGUUGCAUCAUGCAUUUUUACACUUAGGGCAUAUCAUUUAGAUUUUAAUUUUUGUUUUUUUAAAAUUUCGUACCUUUAAUUGUGGUGAUCGCUGGAGGACCCUAAGGUACGUUAAUUUCUUUUCUUUAGAUUAAAACACGUAGUUUAAGCAUCCAUAGUUGUUUAUCGCUUUAAUUAUCUCGUUGUGUGGUGCAUCAUUUUAAAUAAAUCUUAAGGGCAAAACCCAAUCACAAGAUAAGGGGAGGGAUUUCAUCACUCUUUCCUUAGCCCACAACGAUUUAAUUACUUCAUUUUGCAUUUCCCUAGCCUUUUAAUAAAAUUGAAUUAGACAUUAGCCCCUAGGUUUCGCGCUCAACUAGGAAGGUACCUAAAAGACGAGGUAAUCUUUAAUUAUUCCGACUUUUCGGUGUCUAAGGCAAGCGAAAGCUUACCUGGCCGAUUAAGGUUUGGUGUCUAAGCGCGGAGAUUGGCCUCUUGGCAAUGCCUGCUCCAAACUGGCCAGACCGGUCCGAAUAAUUUUGGAUUUAUCGAGUUUUUGGUGGUCCUUAACGUUAGGAGCAAGGUCUAGUUCAUUUUUAUUAGGGAACCAUAGAAUUAAGUUUUUCUUUCACUUUUACACCCUUUCUUUUGUUUGAUUUAAUUUCUCGCGCUUAUUUGCUACGUGUUUACUAUCUAGUUUAUGCGAACUACUUGGGUUAGGAGCGAAUCGUCUAGAUUAAUUAGACUGAUCAUCGAAAUUCCUUCUUCGUCCUCUUCGGACUCCGAACCCAUAGAAGCUAGCGAACCGAUAGUAAAUAUGGCGUUGUCUCUUAAAGACCGCUGUUACCCGUCCCGUUCUGCUCAACCAUCGUGUAUCACCCUUCCUCCCGUUAAUGGGAAUAAUUUCGAAAUUAAGGCACAUCACAUUAGCAUGUUGCCUAAAUUUUUAGGGAGUGAAGGUGAGGAUCCCUAUCUUUUCAUUCAAGAAUUUGAGGAGGUUUGCGGUUUGCAAAAACUCCAACAAUUGAGCGAAGACUCCAUUCGGCUUAGACUAAUCAACUUUGCUUUAAAAGAAAAUGCUAAAAAAUGGUUGUAUAGUCUUCCCGUCAAUUCUAUUUCCACUUGGGAAGGGUUUGUGGUAAUGUUUCUUAAAAAGUAUUUUCCAAACCACAAAACGACUCGAAUUACAAAUGAAAUAAAUCAAUUCCAUCAAAGAGAAAAUGAGUCUUUUUGGAAAUUCUUUGAUCGUUUCAAAAAUCUUUUAUCACAAUGCCCCCACCAUGGAAUAGAGAAAUGGAGACUUUGUAAGAUUGUGUACAAGGCCUUAGAUAGUCAAACAACCGCGUUGUUAGAGUCUAUGUGCCAAGGCAAGUUCAUGGAAAAAGAUGAGGACCAAGGGUGGGAAUUUUUCGAGGACUUAGCCGAGAAAACAAUGUUAUGGGAGUCUACUAGGGAACCUAAAAAGUCGAUCGAGGCGUCUAGCUCUAGGGGUUUGCACUCGAUAGGAAACAAUGUGGCAACCGAUGCCAAAUUAGCAACCCUUACUAAGAGACUCGAAGCUUUAGAGUCUCAUAGUGGCCCCUCAUCUAUGCCUAUGUUCCCGAACUAUAAUGCUUCCCAUCCCGAGAUUCAACAAUCUCAUGAUUUUGAGCAAGUGAAUGCGAUGUUUCAACCUAAGUCUAGAAAUGAUCCUUUUGCACCAACUUACAACCCCGGGUGGAAGAAUCACCCGAAUUUCUCGUGGAACCAAGGUCAAAACUUUCAAACUCCACAACCUAAUUUUCCUAGGCCCAAUCCCAACUCCUUUCCGAAUUAUCAAAACCCGAAUCAAGCUCCGAUAAAUCCUCCCGGUUUUAAUGAUUCGGAUAAGAGACUCAAUUCCUUAGAAAAGAGCAUAGAGGCCUUAAGUCUCAAUUGA